AUGGUGGAGGGAGAUUCUGGCAAUGCAGUCAUUAGAGAACUCAUGCUCCAUGCAGAGUUUUUGAAACUUCUUGCUAAACGAGAAGAUGAAUCAGAUUUGUUGGAGCAAAAAUGGGACAUGUUGGCUUCCUUGUGUGAAGAUGGAAAUGAAAUUACCCAAUCACCCCGCAUUCUUUCAGAGGUUGAUGCUGCACUUAAAGCAAAGCAGAUGAAGGCUGAUGUAGAUGAAUACCUUAAGACAAGGCAACAGAGUUCUCCAUUUUUGUCUGAACUGAAGGACAAGAUGCUUCUCGCACCCAAUGAAGCUGCCUCUGCUGGGACUCGAUACAAUGUGCCGUUAAUCAACUCACUUGUGCUAUAUGUUGGAAUGCAGGCAAUCCAUCAGCUUCAGGGUCGGACUCCCCAUACACAAUCUUCAGCAAAUGCUUUCCCCUUGGCCGUAUUUUCUGUUGGUGCUGCAUUGGAUAUUUUCCAGACACUCAUUGUGGACUUGGACACUGAAGGCCGCUACCUUUUCCUAAAUGCCAUUGCCAACCAACUGCGUUACCCUAAUACCAACACACACUACUUUUCCUUUAUCCUUCUUUACUUGUUUGCGGAAUCAAACCAGGAAGUUAUCCAAGAACAAAUCACCAGAGUCUUGUUGGAACGCCUAAUUGUUAACCGUCCUCAUCCCUGGGGCCUCCUCAUUACCUUUAUUGAACUCAUCAAGAAUCCUAGGUAUAACUUCUGGAACCGGAGUUUCAUCAGAUGUGCGCCGGAGAUUGAAAAACUUUUUGAAUCUGUUUCAAGGUCUUGUGGAGGUCCAAAACCAGUGGAUGAUAACAUGGUGUCCGGUUGGGUCUGAAUGUCUUUGAAUACUUGCUAGUUUGUGUAGGUUAGAGAGUAGUUAACCCUAACCAUGUUAGUUAGGAUAAUUUCCUCAGUUGUAAUCUAACACUCUGUUUCUACAUUGUAUAUCUUGUAUUAGUGAAAAAUUGUUUCUCCUGGAAUA